AUGGGAGGAAGAAGAAAAUCGAAUAGGAUGCCAAAAAAAGAAAAGGUUUAAGCAAUUAAGACUAUUUUUGAUUGUGCUCUUUGUGGCUAUAAGAAUUGCGUAAUUGUUAAAAUGUAUAAUUAAAAAAAAGAAAUAGAAAAAAAGUCAUCAAGAUUGCAGAAUUAAAUUGUGAUAAAUGUUAAGCUGCUUUUACUACUAAAAUCAAAGGACUAGAUGAAGCUAUUGAUGUAUUUCACAAAUGGUUGGCUGAACUGAAGCAAAGAAAACUUACAAAAGAAUAACCAGAAACUAGAUUCGAUGAUGAUUCAAGUGCAGAUGAAGGAAAUGGAAGAAAUGUAGAGGGUAAGAAUGAUUCUAAAACAUUAAACUAGAAAUCCUAAAGGAUUAAGGAGAUGCUGAUAAUAAGUCCUAAUUUAGUGCUGAUUCAUUAGAUGAAAAAAAACCAUAAUAAAGCAAUAAUAAUGAAAAAGGCAAUAAAGGUAAAUUAAAGAAGCAACACUCAGACGAGGAUGAUGAUGAAGAUGAUGAUGAUGAUAUAUCCGAUGAUUCAAAAUUAGAUUCUGAAAAACUCUCAGACAUUGACAGUUUACUAAGCGACGCUGAUGAUGCUGAGGAAAUCAUAAAGAAAUUUAGAAAACGCUGA